CAUCUGGCGAAUUGUCCAACAGAUGAGCUCGUUGAUAUAGCAUUGUCAGAUGUCACUAUGACCCUUCUCAGUCACACUAGCGAACUGUUACCGGAAAGAAGAGAUAAUGCUGGUUCAGUUAUUCGAUCUUAUGAACGAAAUGAGUAUGGUUCAAGAUCCCGUCGAGGGAGGAGGUUUGGUCAUGCUACCAGACGGAGGCUUUCAUUUUGGAUGUUUUUGCUUGUGCUGCUUUUCUUGAUAUGUUUGUCAAUCUUUGGCAGAAAAUUGCCAUUCCCUGGUAAAAUUGAGGGUGAAACUUCAACCCAAUGGGAUAUACAUCAAGAAACUUCAGAACAAUACAGUUUAGAACAGCCUAGAAGUAAACGUCGUAAGCAACAUUUUCCUUGUGAUGUUGGGCUUGUGGAGUCCGUCGAUGAACUAGUGGAGCCCAAGGAGUACAUGAAUUUUACUCAGUUUACCCUAGGAUAUAUAGAAAGAGAGGACAUAACUUACGGGCAUCAUAAGUUUGAACCCAGAUUUGGAGGACAUCAGACUCUUGAAGAAAGAGAGAAUUCCUUUUAUGCAAGAAAUCAAACAAUUCAUUGUGGUUUUGUUAAAGGACCAGAGGGAUCCCCGACCACUGGAUUUGAUUUAUAUGAAAAGGAUAAGGAGUACAUGAAUACCUGCCGCGUUGUGGUAUCAUCAUGCAUUUUUGGAAGCUCUGAUUUUUUGAGGAGACCAACAAGCAAAAAGAUCAGCGACUAUUCAAAGAAGAAUGUUUGUUUUGUUAUAUUUCUGGAUGAGCAAACUAUGGCAGAACUUUCUUUGGAAGGACAUGUUCCUAAUGAUGAUGGGUACAUUGGCUUAUGGAGAAUAGUUAUAGUCAGGAACUUACCCUACACAGACAUGCGGAGAACUGGAAAGGUGCCAAAGUUCUUGUCACACCGACUCUUCCCAUCUGCUAGGUUUUCUAUUUGGCUUGAUAGCAAAAUGCGACUUCAAACUGAUCCAAUGCAGAUUCUUGAAUACUUUUUAUGGCGAAAGCAAUCAGAGUAUGCUAUUUCAAACCAUUAUGAUCGCCAUUGUGUUUGGGAGGAGGUACUCCAAAAUAAGCGUCUAAAUAAGUACAAUCACACGGCCAUCGAUGAACAGUUUAUUUUCUACCAGUCUGAUGGUCUGACCAAGUUUGACCCGUCAGACCCAGAUAUCCCUCUUCCAAGUUAUGUACCUGAAGGCUCCUUCAUCGCAAGGGCUCAUUCACCAAUGUCAAAUUUAUUUUCAUGCCUUUGGUUCAAUGAAGUUGAUCGCUUCACCUCUCGUGAUCAACUGAGCUUCGCAUAUACUUACUUGAAACUGAGAAGAAUGAACCCGGAUAAAACAUUUUUUUUGAACAUGUUUAAGGAUUGUGAACGUAGAGCACUAGUAAAAUUAUUCCGGCAUAGGACAGCAUUGGAUCCUCCUCCUCAUCCUUGACGAUUAUUCCAGAUUGAUUUGGCAUUCAAGGCUUCAAGCCUGGUUUGGAGGUUGAGGAAGUCCUUCCAGCUUGGUUGGUUCAAAUUUUCACUAUCAGUGCAGUGAUAUCGAAGGAUUGCAUGUUUUGGACGCUCCAUACAGGAAUUUGUACAUUCCCCUGAUCAGCUUAGUUGUAUAUCCAAGUUUUAAGUAAUUUUUAGCUGUGUUACAGUCAAAUUCAGUGAGGUGGAUCAAUUCUUUGCCUGGCUGCUGUUGCGAAGAAGGCUUCUUGGUUACUUUUCAUGAUCAGGAAACCUUUGAUGCUAGAGGGAGCAAACAAGCUAGUGGCAUUUUUGCAACAGUAAUAAAGCUUCUGCAAUUUUAUUUCUUCUUUUUUAUUUUGGCUGGAGUUGGUUCACAAUCAGUUGUAUUAUUGGCUAGUUCAGAAUGUUUGAAUGGUAUCAUCAAUCUUUAUAUAUUUUUAUGUUUGUUUUUUUUAGUUUAUUAUUUUUUUUUUUUAUGAAGCAUUAAUUUACAUAGUCAUUG